CGAGGCGGAGCGGGCGCUCGCCGGGAGGAUGGACGCGGCCGCGGAGCGCAGCCUCCCGGAGCCGGGCAGCCAGGGCUCCCGGGCCGGCGACGACAUCGAGAUCGUGGUCAACGUGGGGGGCGUGCGGCAGGUGCUGUACGGAGACCUCCUCAGCCAGUACCCCGAGACCCGGCUGGCGGAGCUCAUCGGCUGCCUGGCGGGGGGCUACGACACCAUCUUCUCCCUGUGCGACGACUACGACCCCGGGAAGCGCGAGUUCUACUUCGACAGGGACCCGGACGCCUUCAAGUGUGUCAUCGAGGUGUACUAUUUCGGGGAGGUGCACAUGAAGAAGGGCAUCUGCCCCAUCUGCUUCAAGAACGAGAUGGACUUCUGGAAGGUGGACCUCAAGUUCCUGGACGACUGCUGCAAGAGCCACCUGAGCGAGAAGCGCGAGGAGCUGGAGGAGAUCGCGCGCCGCGUGCAGCUCAUCCUGGACGACCUGGGCGUCGACUCGGCCGAGGGCCGCUGGGGGCGCUGCCAGAAGUGCGUCUGGAAGUUCCUGGAGAAGCCCGAGUCGUCGUGCCCGGCGCGGGUGGUGGCCGUGCUGUCCUUCCUGCUCAUCCUCGUCUCGUCGGUGGUCAUGUGCGUGGGCACCAUCCCCGAGCUGCAGGUCCUGGACGCCGACGGCAACCGCGUGGAGCACCCGACGCUGGAGAACGUGGAGACGGCGUGCAUCGGCUGGUUCACGCUGGAGUACCUGCUGCGCCUCUUCUCGUCGCCCAACAAGCUGCACUUCGCCCUGUCCUUCAUGAACAUCGUGGACGUGCUGGCCAUCCUGCCCUUCUAUGUGAGCCUCACGCUCACGCACCUGGGCGCCCGCAUGAUGGAGCUGACCAACGUGCAGCAGGCCGUGCAGGCGCUGCGCAUCAUGCGCAUCGCCCGCAUCUUCAAGCUGGCCCGCCACUCCUCGGGCCUGCAGACGCUCACCUACGCCCUCAAGCGCAGCUUCAAGGAGCUAGGGCUGCUGCUCAUGUACCUGGCCGUGGGCAUCUUUGUCUUCUCGGCCCUGGGCUACACCAUGGAGCAGAGCCACCCCGAGACCCUGUUUAAGAGCAUCCCCCAGUCCUUCUGGUGGGCCAUCAUCACCAUGACCACCGUUGGCUACGGGGACAUCUACCCCAAGACCACCCUGGGCAAGCUCAACGCGGCCAUCAGCUUCCUGUGCGGGGUCAUCGCCAUCGCCCUGCCCAUCCAUCCCAUCAUUAACAACUUCGUCAGGUACUACAACAAGCAGCGGGUCCUGGAGACAGCGGCCAAGCACGAGCUUGAGCUGAUGGAACUCAACUCCAGCGGCGCGGCUGAGGGCAAGGCGGGGUGCUCCCGCAGCGACCUGGACAGCCUCCUGCCGGAGCCCGCGGGGGAGGAGGGGCCGAGCUGGAGCAGCCGGCUGAAGAUCUCCCACAGCGACACCUUCAUCCCUCUCCUGACCGAGGAGAAGCACCACAGGACCCGGCUCCAGAGCUGCAAGUGACGAGGGUCUUCCGGGCACAGACGGACUUGGGCCAGCGGACGGAGGGGCAGGUGUGGCGGGCCUAUCAGUGACUUCCUGGGAGGGGCUGUCCUUUGUCCCCUCCACGAUCUCCUGAACAGAACUCUGGAGGCCCUCUCGGGCACCCCUGGUGAGGCUGGGUAAGACCCCUUUCUGUU